UUACUUCUUGAUUAAUUCCCCUUGAAUUACCCAUAACACAAUGUUCAAAAUGUCAGCCUUCAUGAAUCGACACAUGAAUGCAACUCAUUGACGAAAUGGCCCUAUUGACCUCUGAAACAAGACUAAUUUCACAGAAAUUAUGGGAUUCCGAUAAAGGACUCUUAGAUGACUUAGUUGAGAGAUUUUGCUGUGGCCAAUAUGGUAAAAUUCUCGAAGCUCCAUUUGUAAAGAAAGUCUUCGAGGUGAAUGGAGAUUCAGUGACCUCUACAGAUUUUAAUGCUCUUCUGCUGAGCAAUAUCUCUUCUCACAUUGAUCACCCUGACUUAGAGGUCAAACAACAGAGAGAGUUGGAAGUGCUACUGGUGGGUGUAUGCUGCCUGCAGCUGUUUGUGCAGAACAACUGGCUGGGGCCUCGCCCCUCCAUCUUCACACCCAAACAACUCAUACCAGAGGCUGUUAAGCUGGAUGGUUCCUGGCUGGAGACCCAGCUGAGUGUGGAUGGCGAACCAGUCUACGGGCUUGCCACCUUCCCACAGUUUCUCUAUCUGGCACGCACAGUGCUCCAGUUCUGUAAACAGUCAUGUACAUGCCUUCAUACUGUUGACUGGUGGUUGUUACGAUGUACCAGUAUACAUCAAGAUAUCCUUGACAGCAAGUCCAAUACGCUUCGAGAACUUGUAAUUUCACUCAUAGACGCAGUGCUGUCUAAGGAACCCCUCAUGACUGAUGAUAAAUACAGGAAGCUCCAGAUAGAGUUCUGCGUGGAGGCAGGGCUUCUCUCUCACAGGUUCUACCGGUACCGAGAGGCCAGGGAGCUCCUUAUGAGGGCCAAGAAACUCUCGGGGCUCGACAUUCAAUUCACAGGAGCCAUGGGCAAGAGAACUCGCUACCAACAGACAGACAAGGCCCAGCUCCUGUUGAAAGUGGGUCGCUUGGAGAACGAUGAUGCAAACCUACACAGAGAGGUGGCUGCUAAUGGAGAACUACAUAUGCCUAAGAACCUGAAUCUGGAAGAUGACACAGUCUUGAAUGCUAUCAACUUCACAGACAUUGAAGGUUUGGACUCUGUGGCCAUAGCUGACUAUGAGCAGGCCUUGGUCUUAGGCCUAAUGGAGGACCAUCGUCGAAGCCAAGCCAGCGCAGACUCAAUGGCAGAGGAGGAAGUACAUGCGUAUAUAACUUUUGGUUUGAGUCAAAUGCGAAGCUGGAGUGUUUCCAUAGCUGCUCUGCUGCUACGUUCCAAAUUAGAGAAAGACAGCAGUCGAAGAAUUGAUCGGUCAAUGAGACAGCUAGAGGAGUUAUUCAACCAAACAUUGAGGGAUGAAUCAUCUGCUGGUGAAAGGUUUCGGCUGUUCUAUGCUGCAAACAUCCUCCCCGUGUGGGAAAUACAGAAGCAGUUGGCCGAGCUGUUGUUGUCACUAGGGGCCGUGGGGUCGGCCCUGGAAAUCUUUGAACAAUUAGAGAUGUGGGAGGAUGCAAUAGCCUGCUACCAAAGGAUGGGAAAAACUGAGAAGGCAGAGACAGUGAUCCGAGAACAGCUUGCGAUCAAGGAGACUCCCAACCUGUGGUGUUUCCUGGGUGACAUCACGCGUGACGUAGACCACUAUGAGAGGGGCUGGGAGCUCUCCAACCACAGAUCUGCCAGGGCCAUGAGAUGUAUGGGUUACCUGUACUUUGCCAAGGAACAGUAUGACAAGUGCAUCGAGUGUUUUGAGAAGUCCCUGUGUGUGAAUGCACUUCAAGUACCUGUGUGGUUCACAUAUGGUUGUGCUGCAAUGGCUGCCAAGAAUUUCACCUUGGCAACGCAGGCAUUCAAAAGAUGCGUCUCUAUAGACUAUGAUAAUUAUGAAGCUUGGAAUAAUCUUGCAUCCGCCUAUGUAAAGCUGAAAGAGAAGAAAAAGGCUUUUCUUACAUUAAAUGAUGCUCUGAAGUGCAAUUAUGAAAAUUGGCGGAUAUGGGAAAAUUAUCUUGUGGUUGGUACAGACUGUGGAGAGUUCAACGCUGUCAUCCAGGCGUACCAUCGUCUCAUGGACCUGCGCAGUAAGUGGGUCGACGAGCAAGUGCUUGCCAUCCUCGUGCGCGCCGUAAAAGAAAACAUUCUCGAUGCUAGCGGGGUCUCGGCAGAACACAUUCAGCAGAAACUGAAGGAGCUGUUUGGGAGAAUCACUUCAAAGGUAACAGACAAAGCAGAGGUGUGGAGGCUGUAUGCUCAGCUGUGCGCCGGGGACAUGGAGAAGAUGCUUCAGUUUCUACAGAAAGCUCAUCGGUGUGUGAUGCAAACGUCGGGCUGGGAGAAGACGAUAGAGCAGUGUCGUGAAGUAGCAACACAGUCAAUACAGCUGGCAGAUACAUACAGUGAAGUGAGUGGUGCCAACAGCAACCCUACACAGAGCCUCCAGAUGUUGUCGUCUGCCAAGCUCAUGCUCAGAGGUGUGCUCUCCAAAAUAAAGCAAAUACACACAGAUCCAGUCACACAGGAGAUUCCAUCAGAUGACGUCAGAACUAUGUGCUCACAGCUUGAAGAAAAGAUGGCUGCCAUCGUGCAGAGGAUUGAAGACUUAAAACAGUCCUCCUAGCGACCCUGAUGGGUCACUUGUGAAACAUUCAUGUCUAUAAAACGUUAUUUUAGGAGAAUUAAUGUCUUUAAACACCUUGUGCCAAGUUAAGAUGUCGUCAUGAUAUUGCAGAUUAUUGGAAGAUAUUUUUUGGUCUAUCAUGGCGAUAUUGAUUAAAGUUAAUGGGCUUUUCUCUGUGAAAAGGUGGUUUAAUGCAUGUGCGUAAAUAGUUGUCCCGGAUAAGCUUGUGCAGUCCGCACAGGCUAAUCAGGGACGACACUUUCGGCUUAUAAGGUAUUUUCUGUUGAAAGAAAGUAUCUUCUUAGCAAAAAUCAAGUUAAGGCGGAAAUUGUCGUCCCUGAUUAGCCAUGUGGACUGCACAGGCUAAUCUUUGAUGACACUUAAUGCACUUGCAUAACCCCCUUUUCACAGAGCAGGGCUCAAAUAUACUCUCUUUGGUUAUGAUUAAAAGAAAUGAAUGUAGUAAAUCAAUUUUUAUAAAUUAUUGCUUUGAUACAGGAAUGUUGAUAUUGAAUGUGUAUUUCUCAGUAUUUUAACAAUUAAUUUAAGUGGUUAUUAGCUGUAUGGAGACAAUUGAAACAAUAUACUACACAUCGUUUUCAUUUACACAUUUGUUAGUGACAUAAUUGUAUGAAACAUAAAUCAUGAAAACAUUA